AUGAGGCUCGACGCUGUCGUUACAUACGCUCUCCUCUCGGUGCCUGCAGUAUCUGCAUGGGGAAGCCUUGGGCACAUCACCACGGCCUACAUUGCCGGCAACUUGAUCGCCAACUCGACCGAGGUCUACCUCCAGGCCCUCCUCCAGCGGACCGACGCCGACUAUCUCGCGUCCGUUGCCAGCUGGGCCGACUCCAUCCGCUACACGAAAUGGGGCAAGUUCACCAGCACCUUUCACUUCAUCGACGCCCACGACGAUCCGCCGCGCUCUUGCAACGUCGACCUCGACCGGGACUGCAAAGCGACCGGCUGUGUCGUGUCCUCGCUCAGCAACUACACGGCGCAGCUGCACGACCACACGCUGCCCGCGUGGCGCCGCGCGCAGGCCGCCAAGUUUGUCGUGCACUUUGUCGGCGACCUGCACCAGCCACUGCACAACGAGGACGCGGCGCGCGGCGGCAACGGGAUCCACGUCCGCUGGGGCGGUCGAGACCUCAACCUGCACCACGUCUGGGACAGCUCCAUCGUGGAAAAGUGGCUGGGUGGCCUACGCGGCAAGCCGUACCCGCUGGCGAAGCGCUGGGCGGCGCAGCUCACGAGCGAGAUUCACGAGGGCAAGUGGGCGGACGAGAGUGAGUCGUGGGUCAAGGGAAUUGAUCUGGCCGAUAUCAAUGGCACGGCACUGGCGUGGUCGCGCGAGACCAAUGCUCUCGUUUGUUCCCAUGUUCUUCCACAGGGUCCCAAGGCCAUCCAAGGCCAGGAGCUGAGUGGCCAGUAUUACGAGGAUGCUGCACCCAUCUUGGAGAAGCAGGUUGCUCUGGCCGGCUAUAGAAUGGCGGCCUUGCUCGACAAGAUUGCAGAGGAGUACAACGCGCACCGUGUGUCCAGCGACGAUGCUCAAGUGGAAUUGUAA